UACUCCUCGACUUUAUUACGAAUACACCAUCACCACUAAAAAGCUCGAAGCUUUGCAUCUCUUGCAUCCAUUUCACAUUCAAAGCGAACCUACAAGAGAGAAAUAAUGAAGGGUUUUGGCAGAUUAAUAUCGCGAGCUCUAUCAAACCAAAAAAGUUUCGGACUUUGCAGAGAAAUCAACACUACAUGUCGUUUGACUCCUCGCCGCUUUAUACAUGUUUCAUCAGCAACGACAGCGUUUUGGCACAGCAGCGGUGGUGCUUUCCCUGAUUCGAAAACGUUGGCUUCUUCUUUGCAUCCUGAGAAAUUGACCGUUUUGACAGGGCAAAGGAGGACUAUGUUUAUACAAACUCAAUCCACACCAAAUCCAUCAUCCCUUAUGUUUUAUCCUGGGAAGCCGGUGAUGGAUGUAGGAAGUGCGGAUUUCCCAAAUGCACGUUCAGCUAUGAAUUCUCCAUUGGCUAAAGCUAUUUAUGGAAUCGAUGGUAUCAAUCGAGUUUUCUUUGGACCUGAUUUUAUCACCAUAACUAAGUCAGAUGAUGCUUCUUGGGAAUUCCUAAAGCCUGAAAUAUUUGCAGCUAUCAUGGACUUCUAUUCUUCUGGAGAACCAUUGUUUCUAGACUCACAAACUGCUGCAGCGAAGGACACGGCUAUUAGUGAGGAUGACUCAGAAACUGUUGCAAUGAUUAAAGAGCUGUUGGAGACUCGUAUUCGACCAGCAGUGCAGGACGAUGGUGGAGAUAUUGAGUAUCGGGGUUUUGAUGAGGAAACUGGAAUAGUCAAAUUGAAAAUGCAAGGAGCAUGCAGUGGCUGUCCGAGCUCAUCUGUCACUUUGAAAUCUGGAAUAGAGAAUAUGCUGAUGCAUUAUGUACCAGAGGUGAAAGGUGUGGAACAAGAAUUAGAUGCUGAAGAUGAUGAAGCAGCAUUGACCAGUCAGAUGGAGUAGUCGAAGCCCCCAUUUUUUUCCUCUCAUAACAUGGUUGUACACGUGGCGAUCCAAGAGAACUUCUAGCAUGCUUCUGUACAGGAGCAAAUUAAGUUCAUGGGUUCAAAUUAACUCGAUAUCGGUAGAGUUUAUGUUUUGUUUUCAUGUAAACUAAAUAUAAUUAUAGCGCAAGAGUAAAGAACGUGAGAGCUGUAUGAGCCUUGUACAUCUUGCGGAACUGUUCACUACCCACUCUUGUUUCUGUCAUUCAAUUUGUGCUUCUGUAACAAUGCAAAGAUUUUUGUACUCUA